AUGCGCCGUGGGUUCGGACCAAACCAUUCUGGCGACCAGGGCCUUCACAUAUAUGGCAUUGAUGACCUCAGAGACGAUGCAGUUGCGGUUUUCGUUGUCACCCCUCGCCCAAGGGUCGCGCUGUAUAGGUUUGGGUUCGGUGGCGAGCGCGUCCCGGACUCUAUACGCCUCAACCGGGACGCAAAUGCUAACCAGUUACUCUACGGUCCUAGAGUUGGGCGGCUUACACAGGAGCUCUGGUCAAUAUUCGGACCUAGUAUUCCUCUAGAGGUAGUCGAUUAUAGUCCUCUCGUUCCGGGCAACGAGAUAUUAGAUCGAUUUCUUGAAGUAAGGCGAGCAUAUGACGACACUCGAGAUAUGAUUACGACUGCCGAGGGAGGACUUGCAUUUCCGGACGACUCUCUCGCGGAUCUUAGAAAUAAGCUAAACGACCUUGAGAGCCAGCUACAGAAGGCGGAGGAAGACUUUGCGGAAGCAUCAAGGGAUACGCAAUUUAGAUCACCGCAAGGCAAGGUAAUGAUCCAAUACCGUCCUGCCCAUAACUGCGAGGACAAAGCCCGUUGGCGGCUAUGGGUCGAUGGCAGGCCGUUGCAGGGCCGCGAAGGCGAGUGGGAUCCCUAUCCGGAACAGAUCUUGUUAGACUGGGCACUGAGGAAACGGCAGGGAAGUUCCGGCGGUACGAUGAAUUACAAGGAUCCGUUCUCGAUCGGACGUCCGGCGGGGGUAGAGGUUGGAAAGGACUGCUACGACAUCGUCUACGGACUAUAUAAGGGAUGUAACACCCAGCAACAGAGACAACCGACUAUGGCAAGCUACACCCUCGCCCGCGACCUGGCCCGGGAGGCCGAAUUCAAAUACUUUGGCUAUAGUCGAAUUAUGACCGGGUCUAGGAAUUGA